GGCGGGCGCCAUGGCAACGCGUUGCGGGAGGUAAACAAGGAGGAGGCCGCGCCCGGCGGCGGUGAGGGGUGUUGCGGCGGUCCGGACCCGGACCCGGACCCGGACCCGGACCCGGACCCGGACCCGGACCCGGACCCGGACCGUCAAGCUUUCAGGAAAUCUCAUCUUAACAGAGAAGCACAGAGCCCUGGAAUCUGGCAGAGUUGGUGGACAACCCACGAGUGAAUCUUUGUGAGGAAAUGCUCCGGUUAGGGUCCAUCUUCGGGGCUUGAUGUGGAAUCCCUCGGCUCAGUAAAAGGACUUACCAUGGCAGUUAAAGGUAACAAACCCAAGCGUGGCAAGGGCAAAGGCUCCAAAAAGAAAGCAAAGAAGGUGGUGAAGGAAGUGGAUAUUCUCAACCCAGCGGCUAUGCUCAACGCCUACUACAUCUGCCACAAUGCCCCUGCCUGCCUGGAGUUACGAGGCUUUCCCUGGCCUGGCUCCCCCAAAAAGAAAGGGAAGAAAGGAAAGUGACCAGAUGGCUGGAAAGCAAAAGGCACAGCAAAAAACAAGCUCCCCAGUGAAGAAGAGACGUUUCUGAGGAUUAGUCUCAAACAGACAUCUCCAGUGGUUUGCUCAGAUAAUCUGCUAUAGUUCUUGCUGUGUCCACACAAAGACACUCUUACUCUACAGUUCAAGCAUAGAGUGGCAAAUGGCAAGUGACCACUUUGCCAUUGUAGUUUCAGCCACAGCCCUCAGUCCUCCAGUUUUGUGCAGAAUAAAACAUUGCAUCUCAGCA